UGUGACGGACAAGGGCCUUUUGACGCAGAACGUGUGGGAGUGGCUGUAAUGUGAGAUUUGGAAUAAGUACCAGAGCUGCUUUUGAAGGCUGCUGUAAAGGACAAGAUGUCUUCCUGCUGUGCUGCUGGGCACUGGGGAGAGCGGAAAGAGCACGUUCAUUAAACAAAUGCGUAUAAUUCAUGGCUCAGGCUACUCUGAAGAGGACAAAAAAGGCUUCACCAAGCUGGUGUACCAAAACAUCUUCACUGCCAUGCAGUCUAUGAUCAGGGCCAUGGAAACCCUGAAGAUUCUGUACAAAUAUGAACAGAAUAAGGCCAAUGCAGUGCUGAUCCGGGAAGUGGACGUAGAAAAGGUCAUGACAUUUGAGCAGCCAUAUGUAAGUGCAAUUAAAACAUUGUGGAACGACCCUGGAAUACAAGAGUGUUAUGACAGGAGAAGAGAAUAUCAGCUUUCUGAUUCAGCUAAAUACUAUCUUAGCGACGUGGAUCGUAUCGCUACCCCGGGAUAUCUACCAACUCAGCAAGAUGUGCUACGGGUUAGAGUUCCUACAACCGGUAUCAUAGAGUACCCCUUUGACCUAGAGAAUAUUAUCUUCAGAAUGGUGGAUGUUGGAGGUCAAAGAUCAGAGCGAAGGAAGUGGAUCCACUGCUUUGAAAAUGUGACUUCCAUCAUGUUUUUAGUAGCACUUAGUGAAUAUGACCAAGUUCUGGUGGAAUCUGAUAACGAGAACCGGAUGGAAGAGAGUAAAGCUCUCUUUCGAACCAUUAUCACUUAUCCAUGGUUCCAAAACUCUUCUGUUAUCCUUUUUCUCAACAAGAAAGAUCUGUUGGAAGACAAGAUCCUGUAUUCCCACCUUGUUGACUAUUUCCCAGAGUUUGAUGGCCCACAGAGGGAUGCACAGGCAGCCCGUGAGUUCAUUCUCAAGAUGUUUGUGGAUUUAAAUCCUGACAGCGAUAAAAUCAUCUAUUCUCACUUCACAUGUGCCACAGACACAGAAAACAUCCGUUUCGUCUUUGCAGCUGUCAAGGACACCAUCCUACAGCUCAACCUGAAGGAGUACAACCUGGUUUGACCUGCUCUGCUCUUGGCCCCUUGAGAGGCUUCAUUGUGAAGAAAAGACAAAAAAAGAAAUUUUAAAUAUGACAGGAAAAAAAGUUUUAAUUUUUGAUGAUGUAAUGAUUGCAAAUUGUCUGAUCUGUGGAGUGGCAAGUGCUCAGUGUUAUCCUGGAGUCUCAUGUCUCUGUCCACAGAGUAGUUGAUUUCAUAUUUUUAACAAAUUGCUUUUAUUUCACAGUUAACGGGGAUAUGCCUCAUUUCUCCAGCACCUUGCUUACUUCUUAAUUUUUGCCAAACAGCUAAGGCAGUCUCAUCUUGAGCUUUCCUUUGUUGCUUAGCCACUUUUUUUUUUUUUCCCCCUUUUCAUUCCCAUGGUAAAUAUAGAAAAAAAUAACUUUCCAGCUGAGAUUGUGAAUUCACUGGACUGUGGGAGUGCAGAAUGCUACUGGUCCCUUUGCCUUGUGCUAUAGGGUGCCUCUGGUGUAACUUGCUAAUCCUGCUUGCUUCCCCCCGCUGCUUCCCCUUCCCUUCCCCAGGACACGCUCCAUGGUUCACUGUGAUGAAAUGUUGGGGAGGAGCGAUUGCUCUCCAACUAUUGUGCAAAAAAAGAAAAAGGCAAAACAAAACAAAAAAAAAAGCCAUCACUUUUCCAUUCUUUAUAUGUUCUAGUUCUGAGUUAUUUUUUCUUAUCAAUUAUAAAAGGUAUGGAGACUGUGA